AGAAUAAGAUUAUCGACAAAUCCCUGAACAAUAUCUACUUGUUAACAUGGAUUAUUACAAUCCAUUAGCGAUGGCAAUAUCCAACACAAAUGGAUCACUUUUAAAUGAAAGCGUCUCUAAUUACUCAUCCUUGGAUUUCUCACAAUCCAACCUGAGCCUGUUCGAAGACGUAUAUGGUAACUUGACAUUUCAUUCGAGAAUGGCCGAAGAGAAAGGUUUAUUAAGACUCUUGAUUUCAGCGGCUGUCUUGUGUGUAAUAGCCGUAUUUUUCAAUGUUUUCUCUAUAGUUGCAAUUUAUUGUAUCCCAUCUGGCCAAAACAUGCACACAACGCUGUUCAUGAACCUAUCUAUCGCUGAUACUCUGGGUGCAAUUGCGUGCUUUUUGGAAAUGUUCGCCAAAGUUUAUUUUCAAUGGAACAAGACCAAGAGCAAUAUCAUUGCGGUGACCUUUCACGUUACUGUUAUAGGAUACAUGUUCUUCUUCGUCAUGUUCUACAUUGUGUCAGCCUUGACAUUGUUGCUGUUUGCUGUGGCGAGAUAUAUUGCGAUAUUCCGUCCGUUGAGUUUCAAUAAAAUUGGAAACCGUCAAAAGACGAUAUGUUUAGUGUUGGCUAUAUGGGUAUUAUCAGCGUUGAUGAGUUCUCCUGCGUUCUGCGUCGUCGUUGAGGUACAUUAUUCUAUCGCCCUCCCUUCGUGUGACUAUUGGAACUACAUAUGGCCGAGCAUUGUCUUCGUGGUGUUUCUGAUCAUCACGUGCUUGUACAUCAAGGUCACUCAUGAUUUACACGUUCGGUGUAUCCGUAUGCGCGCCGAAUCAUCAACAAAGGACAACUUUAGGGCGCUCAUCACGACCAUCAUUCUCAUAUCUAUGCUCAUCCUCUCUCUCCUACCGUAUUUGAUCUUCAAACUAUUCCGCUAUCAUUUCUCCGUUGAUCUUAGAGAAGUGUACUAUAAUUUUAUAUAUUUUCUCCCGUUUACACAUUAUAUACUGGACCCAAUCAUAUAUGGAUGGAGGACUAAAACUGUUCAAGCUGGCUACAAGGCGAUCCUGAUCAAGUUAAAAAUAAUACAAAAUCAAAUUGAACCAAAUGGAAAUUCUAGUUUUAGAAGAACAUCAUUUUUUGGGCGGAGAUUUAGCUCUUUUUACACAUACACAGAAACUAAAGUUUAGAUGAUCCGAACAUAAAAAAGUAUUAAACUAUAUUUAUCUGUGGAUUAAAUAUUAGGGAGUUUAGGCUUGCAUAUAAAAUCGACACGUCAACCUAUACGUAUGACAAAUCACCCAUACAAAUGCAUCGCUUAAAUAUUUUCCGUUCGCGUUUAGGUUGUGAAAAACAUUGCAAGCUUAAACUCCCUAUUCAUUGAAUGUACGUGUAUAUAAGUCCUCCUUCUCUUGCUAUAAUCGAUUUGUAUUAAUAUACUGUCCAAAUGGUUGUAAGAAUCAGUCCAUGAAAAGGACUAGUUACACGUGCAUCGUACACUAGUACAUUAUAUUAUUCUGAAACGCAUUAUUGACGUUUACGGAGAGCCGUAGAAAUAAACAAGCCAUUAGCAUAAAAAUAUACCAUCGUCUGCAAAUGGUUAAAUAACGACGCAGUUGGUGGUUACAUAAAAACGGAGAUGAAAACCAAUUUGAACCAAAGCAAUAUUGGGAAUAGCCUUGCAUCAAAACUUUGUGUACUGUGGGGAACAGAGAUUUGAUGCAAGUUUGGAUCCUUCUCAAAAUGCUUAUCGAAUCUGUUCUGAGAAUAGAAGGCGAACACAUGUUGGACAUGAAUUUGAAGAUAAGGAAAUGUGAAGGGAUACUUGGGAUUAACAAAAACAUUUCAUCCCAGAAACUAUCAACGGAUGAUUGUUUGAUGAUGCUUGUUUCUUGACGUCAAGUGAUGGUUUUAUAAUGAACUAAAUUAAGGAGACACCUUUGUCUGAUUAAUUCCAUGUACAUAAUUAUAAUCAGACAAAUGGUCCAAAUAUGGAUCAUUUGCGUCCUUAUCUGUACGAUCUUGACGUCACUAAAUUGUUUGGGAUUCCUAAAUAAUGUGUAAAAUUACCACAACCCAAAUUAGUUUUUUUCAAUUUGUAGGACAGGACUUAAUUGUUUUUCUGUCAUGCGCAUUGUACAAGUACGUCAUGAUGGCGGCCCAAAGGACACUAUAGUAAUCCCAAAAUAGAACCAAAUUACCAAGUUAUUAGCAAUGUACAGUAUUGAUUAAUCAGUGCAGAAAGUUAAAAGAAUUGUACAUUAUGUCUAUAUAAAUGGAAAGUCGCAAAGUGCCCUGCAAAUUUGCUAACAACGUUUAUAACAACAAUGGACGUUAUAAGUCAAGUAACAAAGGCUUGUUUUUUGUUUCAUUAGAAUCAGCUAGUACAUUUCUCCAAAGUAGAUCUUAAAGACUCUUUGUUGAGUACCAACAAUUGCAAUUGUUUGAUGAAUUAUCUUGAUCUGAUGAUCGUAACCUCUUGGGACAAUUGUGUUGAGGGGCAUCAUGUCAUAACAUAGCAAGUUCCGUUGAAAGAAUUAGAAGACAUGGUGAGUAAGUCAUAACACGUUGUAUCUUACACGUUGUAUUUCACUAAAUGUGCGAUGUGUCUCAGAAUGACAUGUUAUAUUUGCAAUCAAUUGUAC